GAGAGAGAAAUUGUUCUUAUAACAGCUAGUAGGCACUCCUUUUUUCAUUAUCUCUUGCUCCAUUUCUCCCACACACAAGGCAAAUAAAGCAGCUCAUCACCUCAAGCGCCGAUAUGAAUAAGACACAGAUUCCUGUCCGACUUACCAGCCCGAACAGCACCGGCUCUUGGCAGGACGACGCAGGCAGGGGAGUCCACAUCGCAGCUACGCUGCUCAUCUUCCUGGUGGGCGUUCCUCUAAAUGGGCUGGUGGUCUGGGCACUUGGAAUGCGGCAUAAUCGUCACCUGGUGCGCAGAGGCAGCGGUGAGGAGACACGUGCCGCCAGCAGUUUCCGUAUUUAUGUCCUGAACCUGGCCCUGGCCGACCUGGUGCUGCUCCUGCGUAGCCCCCUCAUGUUGGGCUACGUUGCUUACGGCUACAGCUGGCCGUUUGGUCUCGUCUUUUGCCAGCUGGUCGUGUUCCUGCGAGGCCUGGGGUUAUACACCUCUGCUUUCCUCCUCUGUGCUGUGGCCCUGGAGCGAUGCCUGUGUCUGCUGAGGCCUUUGUGGGCUCGACUGCGACGCCCCUCCUGGGCUGUUCCUCUGGUCUGUGGCAUCUUAUGGCUGAUUGCCACCAUCUUCUCUGCCCCCUACCUUCACACUGCCAACCUGAAAGAACUUAACGGGACAUACCAGUGCCUGGAGAGUGUGAAGUUUGACAUGGCGCUAUUUGUCACAGAAACAAUAGCAGGUUUCAUCUUGCCCUUGCUGGUGUUCUUAGGAAGUAACCUGGCCGUUUUGCUCACCAUUCACCAAGCAGUACUACCCUCGUCACCCACCUCCUUCACCCCCUCCACUGCUCGCAGGAUGACCAGGAUGUACCACGUGCUGUUUUUUACCAUGCUUCUCUUCCUCACCUGUUGGGUGCCAUAUUUUGUUUGUCGGUUCCUGCUGGCCUUGACUGAUGGGCGACCUGAAUGGGCCACGCUGCACAGCAGAGCACGUCAUGGCAAAUAUAUAUCUCUGUACCUGGUGUACAUUAAAUGUGCUCUUAACCCGGUGCUGUAUGUGUUUGCUGCCCGAGGCUUAGGCCGUGCUAUCAAAGCUUCAGUUGUGUCCACUAUUGAAAGACUUUUCAAUGAUGACUCAAUAGAGUCUAUACGGAGGAAGUCCCUUAAGAAUUCAAUGAAAAACUCACAGAUUUAGUAGAGGUCAACAAUGUUUUAAAAUUUGAGUCAUUUUGUGCUUUAGACCAUUGUUUUCCAAAUAGGUCUAUAUGCCACAGCAAAUGGUGAAAUUGGUGACUAUUAUUAAUAGUAUAUUUCCUGUUUGUAGAGAUGUAAUGUUCACAGAUUUGACAUAACUUAAAAUGAUCUUAAAUGGAGGAUCCAUGGCUUGAAACAGUUUUACUGAAAUUCUUCUGUUGAAGCAUGUUGAAGGCAGGGUCAUAAUUGGAAAAAAAUGAAAUCAUGAAUCAUCUUGUCUAGUUAGUUCAUGGCAGCCAGGGAACACCUCCAUGGUAAACAAGCCAACAGUGAACGCAGAAUUAUUUCAGUGUUAGUUUCCUGGCCCCCAGGGUAACGUUUGUCACACAGCUGCACGUAUUAUCUAGGUAUGGUCCGAGGAACGGAACGGAGCUCUUGGUAUCUUAUCUGUAUUAACAGUGAUUCAGAACAAUCAAUCUGAUGAACUCAUGCUCAAGAUGUCCAAAACAAAAGGUCCUCAUCUAUAUAUCUGGUACUAGUUAUCCAUGUUAAACCAAUGAAUGUACAGUAUCUUUACUGUACUUUAAUGUUUACUUUAUUUAGCAUAACAUGCUGAGAGGGGGGGGGGGGGAGUAAAUAUGUUGCACCUUCAUUAUCUCGUUGUGAAUGUACCACAUCGAUGUCUGACUCCACGGAUGGCUUUAUUACAUUUUUUUGUUUAUAAAAGCACAACCUUCCUGUCAUUGUUGACGGAAGGAACUAAAUAAAUGGUAGCACUUUUCGCUUAUUUUCUUUCUACUUCAAAACACAAAUAAACAAAAGUCAAUUUCUUGAAAUGUUUUAAUGUCUAAUUACAUCUUUUCAUUCACAGUUUAUACUUCUAUGUCUCCAGUAAGCAUGCAUGUCUUCAAUGACCAACAGAUGAAUUUUAGUGAUCGUUUUAAAUACAUUUAAUCUUUAUUGGCAAGUAUAGUAUUUCUUUAAUGUAGUUUGUGUUCUGGUAUUUAGGGUCAGAUGACGACAGAAGUCCAAUAUCUGAACUUUCUAACAAAAAAACAACAACAAAUGCCUCCACACUGUGCAACAGUCAGUUUAAGUAUACUUUCCAUAUGAAACAGAAUGCUGUAAAGUACUGAGGGAAGAACACUGUUGAAAAGGCCCCUGGUAGACGAAUGG